AUGGAAAAUGAGGAUCAUGUAGCUAUAGAGUUUCAGGCUAUGCUGGAGAAGGCACAGCCUCUGUUUUCAACCAAAAGCUGCUGCAUCUACAAGGUGCCCCACGAUAUCCGGCAAACCAAUGAAGAUGCAUACACUCCAAUGGUUGUUUCUAUUGGCCCUCUUCAUCAUCGAAAUCCAAGGGUUUUAAGCAUGGAAAGCCACAAGCAGGUUUAUUGCAGACAUUUCAUUGAAAGAUCCAAGGCAAGUUUGACCGAUUUGAUGAGUUGUGUAAGAGAGUUGGAAUCACAAAUCCGUGCAUGUUACUCUCAGAAGAUCAAUCUCACAGUAGAUGAAUUCGUGAAGUUGAUAUUGGUAGAUUGUGGUUUCGUAAUUGAGCUUUUCCUCAGAGAUUAUAAGCGGAUGACAAGGGAUGAUGUUAUCUUCUCAAAACCAUGGCUGAAGCUUCGGCUAUCCUACGAUUUGUUGCUACUCGAGAAUCAACUUCCUCUUUUUGUUUUCGUGAAGCUAUACAAUCUAGCUUUUGCUUCUUCCGAUGGUGACGAUAAAUUCCCUUCGUUUAUGGAUCUUUGUUGCGGUUAUUUCUCAACUGAAAAUGUCAACGACCAAAUAGUGCACUUCACUGAUUUGGUUAGAUACUUCAUUUUACAAAAACGACGACCUUGUGAAAGAAAACAUAAACACUUAGUUCUUGGUCACAGUACAUCUGAGUUACUUGAAGCAGGACUGAAGUUCCUAGUAGUAAAUAAAUCAAGUCCUGUUGACAUACUAGACUUGAAAUUUGAACAUGGUGUUCUUACAAUCCCGCAUUUUACUGUAGAUGAUUUCACUGAAGUUUGGUUGAGGAAUAUUGUGGCUUUGGAACAGUGUCACUAUCCUGAUGAACACUACAUCACUGACUAUGUUAACUUCCUCAAACAACUUGUCAACUCAAACAGGGAUGCGGAUGUCCUCAUCAAAGCUCGAACAAUUCGGAGUGAUGUAAGUGGUAGCGACACUUCAGUGGCUAAGCUAUUCAGAGAUGUUGAUAAACAUAUUCUAGUGACAAAUUGUAAUGUUAAUUAUCUCCAAAUUUGUGAUGAUUUGAAUGCUUAUUACAAACAUCCUUGCAACACUAAAAUGGCAACCCUGAAACGCGAUUAUUUUCCCACUCCAUGGAAGACAGCAGCUUUCAUUGCUGGAAUUAUAUUGCUCCUUCUUUCGGUUAUUCAGACUGUAUGUUCUAUUCUCCAAGUUAAAUAA